CGUUCGAUUUUCAAAUGUUUAAACUUUUAAAAGUUAAUUUUAAAAAGAAUACGUUUCGAGUGUUUAUUUUUUAAAACCGGCCAGUGUUUUAAUUGUCUUUGGAAGUGUGUUGUGAUUUUAUUUUUAAAGGAUUCUUUAUAGUGGCGUUCGCGCGUUGUUGGAAGGUCUAGUUGAAGAGAAAUCAAGGAAGCCGUUUUCUCAGAAACAUUGAGAAGAUGUAGCAGUUCCAAAGAGAGAAGCAAACUUUACCAGCUGAAAGAAUAUGAGAUCUAAUUCACGAAAACUAUUCUUAAAGGGUCACCUUACAUUAUGAGAAAGAAUGAAGAAAUUCACACACAAUAUUAGAUCUACGGACAUAUGAAUUUACAAAUACCCACGCCUUUUAACACUUUUAGGGGUCAAAUAAUAUUUGCACAAUAUUAAACAUGACUGAAGCCGAUUACGCAAAUCAAAGACGAAGUGAAACGAAAUCUACACAAAGAAAUAAUUAAACCUUUGGUUAGCUCUUUCACUAGUGCUGCUAGCGUGUUUUAGAAGAAUCUAUGAGUUUGUAAAAGGACAAGAAAUGUCGGAAAGGUACGGGAAAGAGACAGAGAUGUCGACAAGCAACGAACUGAGUGAGAUAGAGAAGCCGCGAAUGAAGCCGGCAGUCAGGAAGAUAUUCUGCUGCAGUGUCACGGCUGCGUCGGGAUUCAUCGCUGCAUACGCGCUGGUAGCGUACGCGAUAGCCCUAAUCUACGAGAUAGUAUGGGUGGUGGAGUCCCAAAGCGGCCUCCCUGUGGCCUCAGCGCUACUCAUGGCUUGCUACUGUAUAGUUAUAGCAGCCACUGUCACUCUGGUCCACGGCCUUAUCUCUAAAAACAACAAGUGUCUGAUUUCGUGGCUGAUCACCGUCAUACUAGUGCUCAUACCGGAGUGCGUUCUAGUCUUCUAUAUGUCCAUUAGUCAUUGGGUAAGUAUCUCAGCUCCAUCGUAGGCAGUAAUUCACU